AUGCCUCUUCCUCCUUUCGUCUCCAUACCACUCACCGUCUACCCUGCCCCCUCCCCUGUCCCUCCCUUGGGACUGGUCUCUCCCCUGCUGCUCGUGUGUCCACUUGCCUCGUCCCUGUUCGCCCCCUCGCCCCGCCGCCCCCCCUCGCCCCCCCUCGCGCCCCCCUCACCCCCUCGCCUCGCCCCGUCGCCCCAGAGCAUCGAGUUCUGGAAGGAUCCUGAACGCUCCGGGUGGCUCACAAAGCAAGGAGAGUACAUAAAGACAUGGCGGCGGCGGUGGUUCGUGCUGAAGGAGGGCCACAUGUUCUGGUUCAAGGACGACAAGGUCUCCAAGGACUCGCAGCCGCGCGGGGUGAUCAACGUGGGGCGGUGUCUGACGAUCAAGGGCGCAGAGGACGUGAUCAACCGCGCGCACGCUUUUGAGCUCUCCACCUCCAACGACACGCUCUUCUUCAUUGCCGACUCCGACAAGGAGAAGGAGGACUGGAUAAACUCAGUGGGGCGGGCCAUAGUGCGGCACUCCCGGUCAGUCACGGAUUACGAGGUUCUAGACUACGACUGCCGCUCUCACACCCGCGGCGCCGCCCCUCCCGCUGCCACCACUCCCCCCUCUGCUGCUGCUGCUGCUGGAGCUGGUUUGGAUCCACCUAGUGACCCCUCUGCCAGUGAUUCUGCCAGUGAAGCCAAGGAGGAGCGUCCAUCUGAUGCUGCCCCGGCUGCUCUUCCUUGA